UUAGGCUGACCCAUCAUCAGGACAGGAGGUUUUCCCUGUUUUGCAGCAGAGUCUUAAAGCGACACAUUCACCUCCUACCCACAGCUAAAGUAUCAGAAUUGCUGAAGAUGCCUCAAACAAACAAGUUUAAAUGUGCUGCGGCCAGCAGCUCUGCUCAGUAUGCCGGUCCAGACCGGGGAGAACAACAACCACUCAGAGACCCAAACUCACCUCCAGGAGACAGUGGUGGAGAUGACAACCCGGGGGAUCCUCAUAUUAUUAAAUCUCCAAGUGAUCCCAAGCAAUACAGAUUCAUUGAGCUGAGUAACGGACUGAGGGCUCUUUUGAUCUCUGAUCUGAGUGGUUUAGAUGGGAAAGCUGAAGAUGAGGAGGAUGAAGAAGAUUCAGAUGAAGAAGAGGCAGAGGGAGAGGAAGAGGAGGGAGACUCAGGGGAAGGAACAGAUGAAGAGUCUGAGGAGGAAGGGGAGAGUCAGGACAGUGACUUUGAAGAGCUGGAUGAGGACAAUGACAAUAAAAAGAAAAAGGGAUCUGAAAAACAGUCUGCAGCUGCCCUUUGCAUUGGCGUAGGGAGUUUCAGUGACCCUAAUGACCUGCCUGGACUUGCACACUUCCUAGAGCACAUGGUGUUCAUGGGCAGUGAAAAGUACCCUUCUGAGAAUGGAUUUGAUGCGUUCUUGAAAAAGCAUGGCGGCAGUGAUAAUGCUUCCACUGACUGCGAGAGAACCAUUUUCCAAUUUGACGUGCAGAGGAAACGCUUCAAAGAGGCCCUUGACAGAUGGGCUCAGUUUUUCAUAUGUCCCCUUAUGAUUGAAGACGCCAUUGACCGAGAGGUUGAGGCUGUGGACAGUGAAUAUCAGCUCGCUAAGCCUUCAGACUCUCACCGUAAGGAAAUGCUCUUUGGCAGUCUAGCAAAGCCCAACCAUCCCAUGGGCAAGUUCUGCUGGGGAAAUGCACAGACCCUGAAGACUGAACCCAAGGAAAACAAUAUCAAUGUUUACAAGCGAUUGCGUGAGUUCUGGAAGAGGUACUACUCUGCCCACUAUAUGACCUUAGCUGUACAGUCCAAAGAGAAACUUGACACUCUUGAGGAAUGGGUUAGAGAAAUCUUUAGUCAGGUACCCAACAAUGGGCAGCCAAAGCCUGAUUUUUCAGGGCAACUGGACCCCUUUGACACACCUGCCUUCAACAAACUUUACCGAGUGGUGCCUGUUAGAAAAGUGAAUGCCCUUACCAUUACAUGGGCACUUCCACCACAAGAGAAGCACUACAGGGUAAAGCCUCUGCAUUACAUUGCUUGGUUGAUUGGUCAUGAGGGAACUGGCAGUAUCCUGUCUGUGCUUAGGAAGAAGUGCUGGGCCUUAGCUUUGUUUGGUGGAAACAGUGAAACUGGUUUUGAUCAGAACACCACCUACUCAAUUUUGAGUAUUUCCAUUACUCUGACCGAUGAGGGCUACCAGAACUUUUAUAAGGUUGCUGAUCUGGUGUUCCAGUACUUGAAAAUGCUUCAGACACUUGGGCCCCAACAAAGAAUAUUUGAGGAAAUUCAAAAGAUCGAGGCGAAUGAAUUCCACUAUCAGGAGCAGACUGAUCCCAUUGAGUAUGUGGAGGAUAUCUGUGAAAACAUGCAGCUGUUCCCAAAAGAGGACUUCUUAACUGGAGACCAGCUUAUGUUUGAGUUUAAACCAGAGGUGAUCUCUGCUCCAUUGAAUCUCCUCACACCAGAGAAGGCCAACUUGCUCCUUUUGUCCCCUGAGCAUGAAGGGCAGUGUCCACUCAAGGAAAAAUGGUUUGGGACACAAUACAGUGUGGAGGACAUACAGCAACACUGGAGAGAUCUCUGGGCUGGAGAUUUUGAUUUAAAUCCAAGCCUUCACCUUCCUGCUGAGAACAAGUUCAUUGCCACUGAUUUUGCCCUUAAAACACCUGACUGUCCGGACACCGAGUAUCCUAUCAGAAUAGUUAACAAUGACAGAGGAUGUCUGUGGUACAAGAAGGAUAACAAGUUUAAAAUUCCCAAAGCAUAUGUGCGGUUCCACCUCAUAUCACCUGUGGUUCAGAAAUCUCCUAAAAACUUGGUGCUCUUUGACCUGUUUGUGAAUAUCCUGGUGCAUAACCUGGCCGAGCCAGCCUACGAGGCCGAUGUGGCUCAGCUAGAAUAUAAACUAGUGGCUGGGGAACAUGGCCUUGUCAUCAAGGUUAAGGGCUUCAACCACAAACUUCCUUUGUUGUUCAACCUGAUUGUGGAUUAUCUCACUGAUUUCUCCGCCGCUCCUGACGUGUUCAGCAUGUUUGCAGAGCAGCUAAAGAAGACCUAUUUUAACAUCCUCAUUAAGCCAGAGAAGCUUGGAAAGGAUGUUAGGCUUCUGAUUUUGGAGCACUCUCGCUGGUCAACCAUCCAGAAGUACCAGGCGGUGGUAGAUGGUCUCAGUGUGGAUGAGCUCAUGGAGUUUGUGAGCAGCUUCAAGUCAGAGCUGUAUGCUGAAGGACUAGUGCAAGGAAACUUCACUAGUUCUGAAUCCAUGGAGUUUUUGCAGUAUGUUUCAGACAAACUGCAGUUCAAGAAGUUGUCAGUAGAGGUCCCUGUUCUCUUCAGAGUUGUAGAGCUCCCUCAGAAACACCAUCUCUGCAAAGUCAAGUCUCUCAACAAGGGAGAUGCAAAUUCUGAGGUCACUGUAUAUUACCAGUCUGGUCCUAAGAACUUGCGUGAACACACUCUGAUGGAGCUGCUUGUGAUGCACAUGGAGGAGCCUUGCUUUGACUUCCUCAGAACCAAAGAGACACUAGGAUAUCACGUCUACCCCACUUGUAGAAACACAUCAGGUGUCCUUGGAUUCUCAGUCACAGUGGAGACUCAGGCCACAAAGUUCAACACUGAGCUGGUGGAGACAAAGAUCGAGGAGUUCCUGGUGAGCUUUGGGGAGAAGAUGAACAGCUUGAGUGAUGAGGCUUUUAAGACACAGGUGACUGCUCUCGUCAAACUGAAGGGUUGUGAAGACACCCAUCUCGGCGAGGAGGUGGACAGGAACUGGACAGAAGUGGUCACGCAGCAAUACGUCUUCGACAGACUCAGCCGAGAGAUUGAUGCACUGAAACUCAUGACCAAGGCUGAACUCAUUAACUGGUUCAUGGAACACCGGGGGGAAGGCAAGAGAGAGCUCAGCGUUCAUGUUGUUGGUUACGGAAUAGAAGAGAACGACCCUCCUAGUGAACAUCCAGAAUUUGAGGAGGAGGAAGGCAGUAAGAUAUCAUUGUAUGGAGAGGUCUCCAAACUCACCUUCCUUCCAGCUUCCUCUUUACUGUCCUCGGCCACGGCCAUCACAGACAUCCGGGCCUUCACCUCCACCCUCAACCUCUACCCUUACCACAAAAUUCUCAAAUAAACAGCCAGCAUGGACUCACACUGCCAGGCAGGCAGACCCCUACCUUCAUCUUCUAUCUUCUCCUUCUGUAUUCUGUCUGUCUUGAGCAUGGUUUGGUCAGGGGUGGCAGUCUCCCGAUGCUCUCGCACAUGAGAAAAGAGCUUCAGCCAUGUGUGCAUUCAUAUCCUGAGCCAUGCUGUUAGAAUGACGUUUGUAAGUGUAUGUGUGCGUGUGUAAGCAUGCAUGGAUGGAGCUCAGUCUGGGGGUCUUGCAGACAGACGCAGAUCAAGAUGGAUCUCAUUAUACUCCUCCCUGGCUGUAGUGAACUUUUAGAGCAUAAACAUGACUUAUACUACUCAUAAAAGUGUGUAUUUUAUCAUUAGGUCUGCAGUGUUACGUUUGUACUAAUAAAAUAUAUUUGAAUGAGAUGCAGUUAGAGAGAUUGUUGGAGUGCUUUUUAUGUGGCCAGCUGAUGAUGCCCGAUACUGAGGAUCUGUAAUGGUGCUCCGAGAUGGGCAUUAAAGUGGAGCGUGCAUGACCAAAAUGAUGAUGGUCCCUUUUACAGGUAUAGCAUCAUUCUGCAUUUGGCACAAAUUAAACCUGUGAACUAAGUGAUGGCUAAUGUCAAUGCUUGACUUUAGAGUGUGCAAAUAUAUAUUUAUUAAAAGCACUGUAAAACUGCUAAUGGCUCGUCUGCUUUUGAUCAUUUUCAUCUUAAAUAUAAUAUUUAGUUUUAAAUUCUGAUUUCAGUCACAUGAAAUCCAAACAAACCCCAGAGAUAGCUGUAGGCCAUUGCUGUUUAAUAGUGCUGCUUCGCCGCUACUGAAUCUUCAGCGCCACGGCACAAUUAAUUAUAUUUUAUCCGAGUUACAAGAGGGCAGUUUGCGUGUACCACAGACUAACACUCAAAACAACACGUCUUACUAUUGCGUUGUGUUCGCUGGCUGCACGUUAAAGCAGCGUGACUAACAU